UGGACGUUUUCCGGGCCAACAUGGCGGACGUGCUGGACCUCCAUGAGGCGGGCGGGGAGGACUUCGCGAUGGACGAGGACGGGGAUGAAAGCAUUCACAAGCUGAAGGAAAAAGCCAAGAAGAGGAAAGGCAGAGGCUUUGGUUCUGAGGAGGGCUCCAGAGCCCGAGUUCGGGAGGACUACGACAGCGUGGAGCAGGAUGGGGAUGAGCCAGGCCCACAGAGAUCUGUGGAAGGCUGGAUUCUCUUUGUUACUGGUGUUCACGAGGAGGCCACGGAAGAGGAUAUUCAUGACAAGUUUGCGGAAUUUGGUGAAAUCAAGAACCUGCACUUGAACCUUGACCGGCGGACGGGCUACCUGAAGGGUUAUACGUUAGUGGAAUACGAGACGUACAAAGAAGCCCAGGCGGCGAUGGAGGGUCUCAACGGGCAGGACCUCAUGGGGCAGCCGAUCAGUGUUGAUUGGUGCUUUGUCCGAGGGCCUCCGAAAGGAAAACGAAGGGGCGGCCGUAGGAGGAGUCGAAGUCCUGACAGGAGAAGGCGCUGAGGAGAAACCACCAC